AUGUCUUCACCAAUAUCGGAACCAGAUAUUCCGUUAGACCAUGAGUGUUCAUCAUGUUUUAGAAAAAUUAAUGAUAAAAAUAAUGUAAACAAUUCUAAAGAAUGCGAAAAUAUUGAAGAUGCAAUUAAGAGAAUCGAUUGUGAUAAUGAGCAAAAUAAAACUAUUAUAGUUAUUCCAAAAGUUUUAAAGAUAGCUGAUAAGGACGUGGAAACACCUAAAUUUGCAGGGGAUAAUUGUGAAAAAAAUUACGAAGAGGAUGAAGAACUUCGCAAUCGUGCGUAUAGAAUGUACAGGGAAUAUUUGGCUUGCAAAGAUGAGGAGGAAAAACCAUCAUAUGUUUAUAUUGAGCCCCGAAGAUGUCCAUUUAAAGCUAUUGCAAUUGCCAUCGAUGAUGAAGUAUUGGAAAAACGAAGCGAAACUACUAAAAGAAGAUGGGGUGUACAUCCAACCUGGAGAAAGCGAGAAGCAGAAGGAGAAUUUGCUUUACUUUACAAAGAAUUAAUAGAUGAUGAGAGCAAGUUUUAUGGUUAUUUUAGAAUGUCUAAAGAAUGCUUUACUUUUUUACUUGAAAAAGUAAAACCAGACCUAACCAAAAAAAUUACAAGAUUUCAAAAGCCUAUAUCUCCCAUCGAACGAUUAGCAGUCUGCACCAGGUAA